UUGAGGAUCUUUGAGCAGGUCGUUGGCUCAAAAGGAUCCGUUUUUUCCGACCCAAAACGAUCCACAUGGCGUAUAAAGAGGAGCCACCGAAAAUCGCAUCAGACGGGGUGGAGGUGCGGUUCGAGGUGGAGAAAAAAACCAAUCACGGGGAGGAGGUUUUCGUCUGCGGUGGUACUGACGCACUUGGGAAUUGGGAUGUCCGGCACGCACGUCCGCUCUGCUGUGAAACGACAUAUCCCUAUUGGAGGGCUGUAAUCCAUUUUGAUUCUGCUGAAGCCGGGAAGACCAUCGCCUACAAGUAUUUGGUGCAAAGCUCAUCACAGGAGCCAAAGUGGGAAGAUAGUCCUAACCGGAGUCUCCAUCUUUUGGAACUCCCGCGCUACCGGCUCCAGCGGCUUGGAACCUAUCUUUCCCCGGGAGAGGAGGGACCAGAACAAGAUAAGACAGAAGAGGAGGACAAGGCGGGGAUUGCAGUGCCAGGGUCCUUUUUUGGCAUUGCUGGCAAGGCUGCUUCACAGAGUUGGGUCAACAAGAGCUUCAUCGACUUUGAACAGAAGUUGCACCAUAUCCAGGACUUAGCCGAAAAAACUCAGGAGCAACAGAAGAGAUUGCAGAGUGACUACGACAAUCUUCUUCAGAAGCAGCUUCAGACAAAGGAGCUUGAGAAUCUACAGAGACGCCAAGACUCAAUGGACAAACACAGCGAGCAAUCAGCAAGGGAGCUCGAAGAGCUUCAGAGACGCCAAGACUCGAUGGACAAAGAGCAAUCGGAUCGGCUUCAGAAGCUUGAGGAGGAGGUCGCAAAAGAUGUGAGCCAGGUGAGACGACAACUACACGACCUCCGGACUCAGCGCACGGGCACUUCCGUCAAGACUCAGGUAGCACCACCGGAGGCUCUUUACAAGGUCAAAUUGGAAGAGCUGCUGAAAGAAACUGGCUUGAAGCAGAGAUUGAGCAAGCUCGAGUCGAACAACGAGCUUUCACGGAUCAGAUUCAGAUUGACGUCCUUGGAGCAACGGUUUCAUCACGCUGGAACACUUCAACAAAAGCUGGGAGAAUCACAUGGAGUGCAGAGUGUCAAGGGCCGCAGCGUGCCAUUGAGCACGGGCCAAACGCUGGGGCGAACGCUGGGGCGAACGUGCUCCCCUGCACGCAAUCACGCUGCAUCCUGCAACGGGAUUAUGGAACAUUGCCCGCAAUUGGAGGCCUUGCAGCAGCAGAUGGAAGGGACGACACAAGCUCAAGCCUCCUUACAAGCGCAGGUAGCGGGUGAGUUUGCAAUGUACUCCCAAAAAAUUGAGAGUCUUGAGGCAGCAUGUGCUAAGCACGGAAGGGAGAUGGCAGAAGCUCACACUUCCUUCUCAGAGCAGCAGAAGUUUCAGGACGGCACAGUGCAAUUGAUCCAGGAUGAAGUGCGCUAUGUUCAGGUGAUUGCGAGGAAAAUUGAUCGCGUCGAUUGCAAGGCAGACGACCUCUCAAC